AUGACAGACUCGCAGAUGCUUGCUCAGGCAGGCAGCAAUGAGACGCAGGACAGCCAGCCCAUUUUCGAGGCCUACAGGGCUGAGUUUGGUGUCGGCACGCUCAGUAGUUCGCCUCCCAAAUACCUUUCAUCUUCGAAAAUAAGCACGACAAGCCCGAAACAGAUCCCUUCACCUGCGAGCGAAGUAGUUGUUCCAUCAUCCGACCCGACAGUCAUCGAUUUAGCAGUAACAGCUACUGCUGUUCACCACGACGCGUUAUCGGACAGAGCGCGUCCAGGGGGUCCCACUACCGAGAAUGACGAUCCGUCGCACUGGGACACGACCAGGGUGGCACUGACACAUUCGAAAAAGCAAAGUGUAACUCUCGAGGCAGACGUGGUGAAUGGCGUUGCACAGGGCCUCCAAGAUCGCGUCAAUUCGAACAGCAACGUGAAUCUGAGCGUUAGGGUGCCAGCUACAGUGAUCGAGCCAAAACACCCUGCCAACUUAUCCGCGCGCCAUGACAGCCCGCAGCCGCAAUCAGUGCAAGACAAUGCACCCAAGCCUCUAAUCAAGUGUCUCAAGCCGCCGGCCAGUGCUCUAACUGCCGCCUUGCGCAAAAUGGACUAUUCUCAACAGACCCCGACACAGGUGAACGAUGAUCGUGAUUACAGCGAAUACUGUGAUAUUGUACCUUCGAGCCCUGUCAACGGCGAUACUCAACCCGCCUCUCACGAACCUCGAACCCUUCAGGAUGAUGAUACAGGGGCCGUGAAUUUUGCGAACAUGAGCGAGCUGGGCCGGCCUUCCUCUCAAAUAUCAGAGGAUGCAGGUUUCGACAAUACUAGAGGUGGCUGGAGACAUCCUGACGGGACCUCACAAUUGAAUAACGGUCAAACCCCGCACCGUCCUCACGCUCCCACCUUCGAGACGCCUGCUGUACCCAAGAACCCUUUUGCUGCGAGACCUAGCAUCGCCGCGCCUCUGGCCGGCAGUCAAUUGUUCGGCCAGACGCAAUUUUCUUCAGCUAUCAAACAUAUUAGUCCAACUUCUUCACGACCUUCUCCGAAGCUCUUCCACUCUAUAUCGCCAAACAUCAUUGAGACAUCCCCUUUGAAGAACCGCGCCAAUGUCUCAUCGCCAUCCGAUAUCCGAACCUCGAGUCCUCAACGCCGUCUCCAUGACAUCCCCGAAACGUCAUUACAAGAUCUAGAUGGGGGACCUAUUAGAGCGGCAACGCCUGUGAAUGAUCAAUCUACAGCUGGUGAAAUGAUUCCAGAAUCACCCCCAUCCACUGAUCCCACACCUCGAGCCAAAGCACCUAGCUCAUCGAACGCCACUGAGCCAAUGGCACAUUACGAGCCAAUGAAGAAGUCUCAGGAAAGGAAGAGCAUGGAAAACUUCGUAAUUCCUCCUUGGGAUUCCGAUGAUGACUCUGACGAUGCUAUCCGACGGUUGGAGAGACGAAAGAAGAUUGAGCGGAAAAAGGCACAGGCUGCAGAGGAAAUGGGCCGCGUUAGCUUCACACCUAAGAUUAGGCGCAAUUCAGGAGAACAGCCAUCGCGGAAGAAAAGAAGGGUUUUGCCAGUUGAAGAGCCUGAAACAAACCCCAAGCCUUCACCCAAAACAGACGGGGGUAAGGGGCAAGAACUGCCACCUCUCGUGGAUGACUCCCAAAAAGGGCUGGUGGCUUCCAACGAGACUCUCCCUGUUACAUCAACUAAGGCCACUCCAGGAAACAGCGCUCCCGAAAAUCCGCAGAUCGAUCAUGAUGGAGACAUAGUCUUGGUCGAUGCGGACAAGGUCGUUGUAGACGAUGACAUGAUACCUGCAACCAGCCCAGCGCCUUCUCUCCCACCUACAGCACCCGCUGAACAACCGCCACCAUCUGAGCCUGAGCUACCACAGCUCCGCGUCGAAGAUGAGGGCUUGCCACAAGGCCCUAAUGAGCAUUCAGAGCCUUCAUCUUUGCCACCAGCACGGAAGCGGACGACUAGGACUUACGGCCGUGCAGCUCGACAAAAGCGCAGAAACCCAUUUCUGAGUUCCUCUUUCUCGGACGGGCUGAUGAGUGAUUUGGACCCAAAACCCAUGCCUAUAUCAUCGCCCCUGCAAAAUGUGGUUGCAGUUUCAAUGAUUGAAGAAGAGCCAGAGGUGGAAUUACCCCUUUCCCGUAUAGCAGAAGAAAAGAGCGAGAAGAAGUCCGCGUCGCGAUCCAGGAAAUCUACCCGUGAUGUCUAUGCGGAUCUUCCACCACCGAUGACUACUCGCUCGCGUAGGAGCGACCGAGCAGAUACAACCCCAGUGACUCCGUUGGCCAGUCGCUCUGUAGGUCAGAUACCGCCGACAUCUUCGAGUUUGAGUAUCCUUUCAACAACACCCCUGCCUUCUGACAAAACAACACCUGGGACACAAGACUCCCCAGGUUCUGAACGACCGGAAUCAGUCACUCUGCCGUCUCCGAGAGGCAGUCGUGAUUGCCAUAAGGAGGAGACUGGAAAAGGAUCGAAGACUGGGUCACCUCAGCCAGCAAAAAGAGCAGCAAGAGUAUCUAAGCGGUUUUCAUAUCUUGAUUCAGAUUCUACUGAUGAGCUACAUCUCUCGCCAGCUGCAAGUGUGCUUGAAAGGAGCAUGGUGCAUUCCAAAUCUAGCAGAUCCUUCAAGCAAAGCUUUGCCCAGGCCCACCGAGUUGGACGCCUGUUCGAGGGCAUGGUCUUUGCCAUUUCUUUCUCAGACCAGUUCAAAGCACAAGAACGCAAGAAGUUGGCGACGAAAAUCACACAGUCAGGAGGUAUCAUUCUUGCUGAAGGGUUUCAAGACAUGUUUGAACAUUCAUCCAUUAUGAAUGCGACCGAUCCUGUGAUGGAUGAGCAGGACUCAUUACAACUUACCAAGCAUAUUUCUGAGAGCGGGUUCACAGCACUCAUCGCAGACAAACACUCACGCAAAGUCAAAUAUAUGCAGGCUCUGGCACUGGGCCUCCCCUGUUUAGCCCCUCAAUGGAUAACGACAUGUUUCAACAAAGGCGUCAUUGUCGAUUGGGAACCCUAUGUUCUUUGUGCAGGUGCAUCCACUGUGCUUGGCCAUGCAAUCCGGUCAAGAAUAUUGGCACCGUACUCGGCGACUGAAGCAAAGCUGGCCCAGGUCAUACAGCAGCGACCGCGACUCCUUGACGGACAGCGUGUCCUAGUCGUCAUUGACUCGAAGAAGUCUCGAAAUGAGGCUAAAGAACCCUACAUCUUCCUUGCGGCUGUACUAGGGCCAUCGAUCUCGCGAGUAUUUUCAACACAACAAGCAAGGGAAUUGUUGUUAGAGCAUCAGAAAGCUGGAACUCCGUUCGACUGGUUAUAUUUGGAUAAAGGAACAGGGACCGUUGACGCCGUUCUUGCGCCCACGGAAACAACAGGUAAUAAGAAACGUCGAAGAUCAACCACAGCUCAGCCUCGGAUCGAAAAUAUUCGCGUCUUGAGCGACGAGCUUGUCAUCCAGAGUUUGAUUCUCGGACGUUUGGUAGAAGACGAUGAAAUGUAUACAUAA